UAUAUACCGAAGCAAAACCCCCCGUCUCUUGCUCGGAGAUCUCGGGCCAGUGAUCUGGAUCUUGAGCUUCUCCUUCGCCAAUGGAGUUGCAGACUGGGGCUCAGCUUCUAUGGCAGCAAUACAGGGCGCUGACGAUGAAGAACGCGAUCCUCACAUGGAGGCACAAGCGAUCGGCGUUUCUGAAGCUCUUCUCCUCAUUAUUCUUCAUUUUCCUCAUCUUUUGCAUCGAUAAAGCAGCUCGAUCGCGGGCUGGAUCAGCGUAUGAUAACGUUGAUAAUCCGGAAGCCCUAAUUGCUCCCCCGAUUCCUCCUUGCGAGGAGAAGUUCUUUGUCAAGGUGCCCUGCUUCGAUUUCGUCUGGAGCGGGAACGGGAGCAAUCGGGUUGGGCAGAUUGUGAAGGGCAUCAUGGAGAACAAUCCGGGAAGGGUGAUUCCUCCUGAAAAGGUUAUAUCCUUUACAACUCCUGAUGAAGUGGAUGCAUGGCUUGGAAGCAAUCAACUGCGAUGCCCUGGUGCUCUUCACUUUGUAGAAAGAAAACCAACGAUCAUAAGCUAUGGUAUCCAAACUAAUUCAACUCCUGUGGCUAAAAGAGGGAAGUAUGAGGACCCCACUUUUAAGUUUCAGGUCCCACUUCAAAUUGCUGCUGAGCGUGAAAUUGCUAGGUCUUUGAUCGGAGAUCCAAAGUUUAGCUGGGUUGUCGGACUAAAGGAAUUUGCUCACCCUGCUACGGAAAUUUUCUCUGUUAUUGGGACGGCUGGGCCAACUUUCUUCCUUGCAAUAGCCAUGUUUGGUUUUGUGUUCCAAAUAAGCUCUUUGGUUACAGAAAAAGAGCUCAAGCUUCGACAGGCAAUGUCCAUAAUGGGGCUUUAUGAAUCUGCCUUUUGGCUUUCCUGGCUUAUGUGGGAGGCUUUGCUCACACUCCUCUCAGCACUUUUCACAGUGCUAUUUGGGAUGAUGUUUCAGUUUGAUUUUUUCUUGCACAACAGUUUUCCCAUUCUCUUCCUUGUUUUCUUUCUCUUCCAGCUUAACAUGCUUGGUUUUGCCUUCAUGAUUUCAACUUUUAUCAGCAAGUCGUCAUCAGCAACUACAUUUGGGUUUUCAAUAUUUAUAAUUGGCUUCUUGACUCAACUUGUUACCACAUUUGGGUUCCCAUAUGAAAAGAACUUCUCACGAACAUACCGAAUAAUCUGGUCCUUUUUUCCCCCAAACCUUUUAGCCAAAGCUCUUGAUUUGCUCGGCAAGGCAACUGCCACUUCUCAAGACAAAGGGAUUAGUUGGCAAAGACGUGGAGAAUGUACUGCUGAUGACACUGAUUGUGUGAUAACUAUUGAUAAUAUUUAUAAGUGGUUGAUCUCAACUUUCUUCUUGUGGAUCCUUUUGGCUAUUUACCUGGACAAUAUAAUUCCAAAUUCAAAUGGCGUGAGGAAAUCCAUAUUUUACUUUCUGAAGCCUUCAUAUUGGACAGGAAAUGGUGGAGACAAAGAGGAAGAAGGCAGCCUAUGUAGUUGCAUAGACCCAAUUCCAACACCAGAUGAUGUCACACCAGAUGAUGAGGACGUCGUCGCUGAGGAAACAGUUGUAAAACAGCAAACAGCUCAAGAUGCAACUGAUCUGAAUGUUGCAGUCCAAAUGCGUGGUCUUACAAAAACAUACCCUGGAGCCAUGAACAUUGGCUGCUGUAAAUGUCGAAAGACUCCACCUUAUCAUGCUGUUAAGGGCAUAUGGCUAAACCUCGAAAAAAAUCAGUUAUUUUGUCUUCUUGGCCCAAAUGGAGCAGGAAAAACUACUGCCAUCAACUGUUUGACGGGCAUUACACCUGUCACGAGUGGAGAUGCAUUGAUUUAUGGACACUCCAUUCGAAAUUGUGUUGGCAUGUCAAACAUUCGUAAGAUGAUAGGUGUCUGUCCUCAGUUCGAUGUCUUGUGGGAUGCAUUAUCAGCACGAGAGCACCUGCAUUUGUUUGCUAGUAUUAAAGGUUUGCCUCCUUCUACAAUCAAAUCGGUGACCGAAAAGUCUUUGGCUGAAGUAAAACUUGAAACCGCUGCUCAAGUUAGAGCUGGUAGCUACAGUGGAGGGAUGAAACGCCGUCUUAGUGUCGCAAUUGCCCUUAUUGGCGAUCCAAAAUUGGUUUUCUUGGAUGAACCAACUACAGGCAUGGAUCCUAUCAAUAGAAGGCAUGUAUGGGACAUCAUCGAGGAUGCGAAGAGAGGACGAGCUAUUGUUUUGACUACCCAUUCUAUGGAGGAAGCAGACAUUUUGAGUGAUCGCAUAGCUAUCAUGGCCAAGGGAAGACUACGCUGUAUAGGGACUUCGAUAAGGUUGAAAUCAAAGUUUGGGAGUGGUUAUAUCACUAACGUUAGUUUUGCUGGAAAUACUCCUGGCCAAUCACCAAACACAAAUGAAGCUUCAAGUGAGACUCAGAUUAGACUUGUGAAGCAGUUCUUCAGAGACCGGCUUCAAGUGGAGCCAAAAGAGGAGAAUCAGGCAUUCCUGACCUAUGUGAUCCCCCAUGAGAAAGAGGGCCUUCUAGCUGAUUUUUUUGCUGAACUUCAAGAUAGGGAGGAAGAAUUUAGGAUUUCAGAUAUACAACUUGGUCUAACAACUCUUGAGGAAGUUUUUCUGAACAUAGCGAGGCAAGCAGAGCUGGAGAGUUCAACAGCGGAAGGGAACUUGGUCACUUUGAGAUUAACAUCUGGUGCCGCAAUUCAGGUACCAAAAGGAGCAAGGUUUAUUGGGAUCCCAGGAACACAGACAUCAGAAAACCCAAGAGGGCUUAUGGUUGAGGUGUACUGGGAACAGGAUGAUAUUGGAGACCUCUGCAUCUCUGGACACUCCAUGGAAACUCCAAUACCUACAAAUGUUCAACCAAUGGUUAAUGCUUCUGCCACUCGGAGAGGUAUACUUGGUGGAACUGCUACUCCUGUUGGCCUUGUCCUUGAUCCUAACCAAAUUCUAAAUGCUCAUUAAAAUGGUUCGCAUGUCCAUGAUUCUUAUUUAAAAAGGCUAAACCCAACCCAAGGCACCCCACUGAAUAGGCCAAUGAAUCAGUUUGUUAGGCAGCACAUGGAGUUUAACAUCAAUGCUUCCCAUUAUAAUAUAUUGAAUUUGAUUCUGUAGCUUUGAUUCAGUUAAUAUGAUAAUUCUGUAAUAUACCCAUAGAUCAUAGCAUUAUUACUGAACUUAUCUUAAUUGAUGCGGUAGUUAAGUG